GACACACGUCACUUCCAUAUGUUUAAUGACGUUUGCCACAUAUGUUUACAUUUUCCAUGUUUUUUCACUAAAAGUUUUUCCUACGAAAAACGCUUAAUAUAGACAAAUGGCUUCGCAUUCUGGUGCCACACACGCCCAUCCGCCCAUAUUACAGUGGAGUCCCGAUAAAAAACACAGCGAAAGAGAAAGGUGGAUCUGCAUUUACCCCGCUUACAUAAACAAUAAAAAAUCGGUGGCAGAGGGGCGUAGGAUCCCGAAAAACCGCUGCGUGGAAAACCCGACUUACCAAGAGAUACGUGACGUACUUGUGGCCGCGGGACUAACCGUGGGUGUGGAAAAUAAACUGUACAGCAGGGAGCGGAGCAAAGAGCUGCUCUACAGGGGCCGAAUAAGGGUGCAACUGAAAAAUGACGAUGGAGCACCCUGUAACCCAUUGUUCCCCACUAGGGACAGCGUAAUGUUCCAUUUGGGGGAUAUGAUUCCCAAGUUGAAGAGUCGACAAGUGAAGCCCGGUGGUGAUCAGCCGGCACAGGCUAGUCAGGGCAAAGGGAAGAGCGGGAAGAAAGGCAGAAGAUAAAGUUGUACUUUCCCUUUUUCUUAUAUAUAUAUAGAUAUUGUGGCACUAAGUUAAUUUUCUUGAAUUGCAUGGUUAAUAAAUGGUACCUUAUUCUCAAA